CAAAUAAUUUCCUUUUUUUUUUUUUAUUUUUUUAAUGUUUAUUUAUUUUUGACAGAGAGAGAGAGAGACAGAGCAUGAGAAGGGAAGGAGCAGAGAAAGAGGGAGACAGAAUCCAAAGCAGGCUCCAGGCUCUGAGCUGUCAGCACAGAGUCCGACGUGGGGCUCAAACUCACAGACUGCGAGAUCAUGACCUGAGCCGAAGUUGGCCACUCAACUGACUGAGCCACCCAGGCGCCCCAUCCAAAUGAUUUUCUGUCUCUGCCUCUAAGAUCUUCCCCUUCUCGUGUGUAUCCCCACGAGGGACCAGCAGGUGGAGGCUUCUCCGUGCCACCCCUUGUCUGGGAUAUCAGAAGGGGCAACUGAGAGCUGUGAGGUGGUUCUCUGAGGGCCAGGACCAUACUAGGGCUUUCGUGGUCUUGCUGCAGAGCACAUGCCAAAGGCUCCACCACCAACACACACAGGCCCUCCCCCAACAUCCUCCAAUCAAGAGACAGACCUCCAUUAUUCUGGGGAUCUUCUUGGAUUGUUCCCCAAACACUUCAGGGCAGCCCUCUGAGGCUCCAUGUACCAUAUGCUAUUUCUUUAUGUAUUUUUUUUGCCUCGUUAACAAAUACUUCUUUCUGGACUCAGGCCAGUCCUGUUAAACCUUCAUUCCCAAACAGCAUUGGCCCCUCCCCAAGUGCUGGGUGGGGCUUGGGACCAGCUAAAGGCCCCAAGCAUCUGUGGGUGUUGUGUCAAACCAGCCCCAUCUUGCCUAAUCAUCUGCAGAAGCUUGCUGAUGAAAACCUUGUGACAGAAGGGGAGAGAGACUUGUCUUAGAGUUGGCUGUACCAACAGCACCAGGGUGCAGCUAAAGAGCACUCACUCACUUUGCUGCUUCCUUAAGAGCCUGCCAGCAGCCCCACCAGCCCCAAUCCUCACACUCAGCCAUGAUAAGGAGAGGCUUCCAGGCAGUAAUAAGACUUGGCCACCACAGAGUCCUUCCUGGAGCCCCCCACGUCCUGCCCAGACUCAACCGCACCUCAGCGUUUGGAUCCUCCACAGACUCCCUGGUUUCAAGAUUCUGCCUGGAGAAGACGGAUUUGAAGGAUUAUGCCCUUCCCAAUGCCAGCUGGUGUCCAGACAUGCUGAACUUGUACCAGGAAUUUCUGGAGAAGACCAAGACUGAUGGCUGGAUCAAACUACCCUCCUUCAAGUCCAACAGAGACCACAUCCAGGGGCUCAAGCUCCCAUUCGGGUUAGCAGCUACCUCAGACAAAAGCGACUGGCGCAUCUUUACCAGGUGCCUCCAAGUGGAAGGACAAGGCUACGAGUAUGUCAUUUUUUUCCACCCGUCCAAGAAGAAGUCCAUCUGUCUUUUCCAACCUGGCCCCUACCUGGAGGGGGCCCCAGGGUUUGCACAUGGAGGGUCCCUGGCCGCCAUGAUGGAUGAGACCUUCUCUAAAACUGCUUACCUGGCUGGAGAGGGGCUGUUCACACUAAGCCUCAACAUCAGGUUCAAAAAUUUGAUCCCUGUGGGCUCUCUGGCUGUGCUGAACGUUGACGUGGAAAAGAUCGAGGACCAGAAGCUUUACAUGUCCUGCAUCGCCCAGAGCAGGGACCAGCAGAGAGUCUAUGCCAAGUCCUCAGGUGUUUUCCUUCAGCUGCAGCUGGAAGAGGAAUUGUCCCAGUGACAGUCACUGUGCCUGCUCAGGACCCGCUGCAGAGCAAGGAGGGGUCUCCAGGAAGUGACUGGUGAGAUGAAGAAGAGGGCACUUUCCUCUGAGUAAAUAAAGAUUCACAACCUCCUUCUCAGGCUAAGACCCUUCUGUAGUGGGAAGCCAAGAUCCUGCCAGCACCCCCCACACACCCACUUUCCCAUCAUCACCAACCAAGAGAUUUCUUCAGCACCUGCACGUCGAGGCCCUGGGUGAGGCACCGAGCACACAGUAACGAGAGACAAAGACAGAGCCCCGGUGCUGAGGUGAACAACAGCAGGCCACAAGCAGGGGGCCCUCAGCUCCUGCCACCCCACCCUGGCUCCUGCCGUGGAUGCAGUACAGACACAAAGGGAGGGGUCAAUUUCACUCUAUAAAGGAGAUUUAAAAAAAAAAAAACACUUUCUAGAGGAAGCAGUGCUUAAACUGAGUCUCAAAACUUGAGUGGUGUUCACCAGGCAAGCAAGGGAGGGGAGGACUCUCCAGGCAAAAGGGAUAGUAAAAGCAAAGGAACGGGGUAAAAGGGCAGAGUGACUUUGGAGAAGAGCAAGGUUUUGAGUAGGGCAGGAGUUUAGGGAAAGAGAAGGGGGCAGGGCAGGAGCAGACCAUGGAAACCUUCCCAAACCCAGCUAAUGCAACUUGAACUUUGUCUUGUAGGCAAGAGGAAGCUUUUAAAGGGUUUAACGUGGAGGCCGGCAGGGGGCAGACAUAAAGUUUUGUUUUUUAGGAAGACAACUCUGGUGGCAGUAAGGGGGGAGUCAGUAAGCCUGACGGUGGGAACACUGGCUAGGAGGCCCCUGCAAACCCCCCAGCUAGAGAUAGGAAGGCCCUGUCGUGAGUCAGAGCUUUGACAAUGAGAGAGAUGGAAAAUGUUACACACACAAGAGUGUGAGACUUUGCCACUUAUUAUAUGUACUGGAUUUGUGAAGAAGAAUCUUCCAGAAUGACUCCAAGUUUCUGGCCUGGGGAUGGCGGGUGGCCUUGCUGGGAGAACAGAGGAGCAGUUCUG